AUGGCAGAUAGAUUAACUCAAUUACAAAUUUGUUUGGACCAAUUAAUUCAACAGUUUAAUUCGACAGUAAAUUAUGUCAAUACGAGUACAGAACCAAGUCUUUUAGAUGACGACGAUGUCAAUUCUUAUUCCAAUAUGGCCGCCAAUGCCCCAUUACCACAAUCCCAACAACAACAGCAACAGGAAGAACAACAGAUUCAACAAGAACAACAACAACAACCAGAACAACAACAACAACUAGAACAACUAGAACAACAGCCAGAGCAAUCAGAACAACCACAACAAAGUAACCCUGAAUCAAAGACCACUUCUCCACCAAAACGAAAAGUUAACUUUGACAAUGUUGUCAAUGAAUUAUGUACAGAUUUAAUUUUGAAAAGUCGACAGAUUAAUAUGUUAAUUGAUUCUUUACCAGGUAUUGGAGUUACACCAAAUGAACAAAUGAAUUUAAUUAAUGAAUUAAGUGAUAAAUUACAAACUCUCGAGGAAGAAAGAAUUGAAAAAAUUAAAGAAAAAGAUAAUUUAUUAAAUUUAUUAGAAAAUAUGAUUAAAGAAUUAGCUAAUGGUAUAAGAGAAACAAGAAUAUGA